AACUACAUAUUAUAUGUCACAUCAUAUCUGACAACACUGAGCGCAACAUAUUUCCUCUCAUCAAAACAGGAUUUCAAGCACUGAUUUAGUAACUUGUUGUAAUUUCUCCUCGUUACAGAGCCUAUAAACACACAAUCUUCCUCACUGCUGCAUAUUAACAGAUGAUGUGAUGUAUUUUCAAGCUGACAAGCUGCUGUUCACACUUGCCUCGGUGCACUACUCCCCCUAAUAUGAUGAGAGCUUAAGUUUCAGACACUCUCCCAUGCUUAUUCUAAAUGUGGUACGAAGCGGUCGUCAUGUGUUUCCACCCACUUGUGAUGCUCACACAGCCUUAAGUAUAGCACACGCUGAACAUCAUUAUGUGUUAACUUGUAAACAAAGCAGACAAACCAGAGAACUUCCCUCAAGGUGGCUGGCUAGCACUAACCUUGGCAUGGACCAGCAUCCAGGAAAAAGGCGAGAUAUGUUGCAGGCAUUCAACCUUUUCGAGGUAAAUCUCUAAGAAGGCUGAAUAACAUGCACAUAACAUUAUUAAAAAAAAAGCAGUUAACAGAUGAUAAGCAGCUGCAACGAUUAGACGAUUAAUCCCGUCGAGUCAUUCCAGCUUUUUUCAAAUCUGAUUUGAGAAGCUUCUCCACACAUAACGUGCAGACGAGAGAGUGAUACGGAUCUUCUCACGCAACAUUUCCAUGAGUGUUGAAGGAUUCCUUUAAAAGUUUCACAUCAGCAAAGGCAGUAAUUGUUAAAUCUUCGACUCAACAUGAGGGGCUUCCCGAAUCUAUUUUUGCAUUGACCGUUUGGCUGGAUGCAGGCGUUGCUGCUGUAUGUCGUCUCCCUGCAGAAUGUCAAACUUCCUUCCAGAUUAACAGUUACAUGUUGUGUCAGAGAAAGCUUUGGUAAUGAUAAAUAUGUGCCUGGAAACAGUGUAAAAAAUCAACUGCAGGCUUCUUUUUGAUGCCAUUCAAUGUUACUGCUGCAGAUGGAUGUCUGUGAAUAUCCUUUUCACAAAGGUUAACUUUAUAAUAAUGUUAUGGUUCCAAACUGUACAUGCAUGUAUGACUGGUUUAGACCCCAACAGAUGUACAUAUGGACGUAUCAAAACAAUGAUAAUGACCAUUUUCUCCUGACACAAUCCCAAAAACAAAAUGUUGACAUUGUCCUGACAUCUGUCCAGAGUUAAGGCCAGUAAAUCCAAGAGAGGGGCUUUGAAGGUGAAUGAGCAGGUGGUCCAGGAUGAACAUGAAGGUCAUGAUGCAUCACAGAGACACUACGAGUUACGUACGGUUCAUUUUCAUAAACUAACACAAUGACAAUCCCUCUCUGAAUAAAUAUUAUUACACUAAACACACCGAUUAGGCGAUUCCUGGGCCAUCUGAGCAGCAAACGCAGCAUAAACGUUCAGUAGCUAAUGACAGUGCUUGACGGUAUGGAAGGCAUGUAAAAAUAGUGCGUGAGGAUCAUCACCUGUUGCUGCUGACAUGUUCCUAUUACCACUAGAAGAUCCUGUGCCAUAUUUAAGUGUUGGGUAGAAAUCGAUAAUGCGUCUUGAUUGACAUUUGAACAGAGUGACUUUGCCGAGUUGGGAGCAUACUGUUUGCUUCGUCAGCACAUUCAUCUUGAUAAAAGGAGCUUCAACCUCCUGCUGGUGUUCACUUAGAGGCCUGACCACUGGUAGGAGCAAACACUUACCCUUCUAACACAGGCAUCUGUUAACAGCUGUGCAUUUGAUUCAAACUACUGAGGUGUGCAAACCCUGUAAGUAAGUCACACAAAUAUCCUCAAUUUCGGUGAAAAUCUUUUGAGUUUUGAAAGAGAAUGUGCUUUAUUUUCUUUCUUGUUUGUCUUGAGGAAUCAAUAUGAGCUCUGAUGCCGAGAUGGCCCAGUACGGGCCGGCGUCAAUCUUUCUCCGUAAACCCGAGAAGGAGCGAGUCGAGGCUCAGAACCGGCCGUUCGACGCCAGAACAGCCUGCUUUGUGCCUGAUGCCAGGGAGCUGUACAUCAAAGGUGUCAUCCAGCAGAGAGAAGGUGGCCAAGUCACCGUGAAGACCGAAGCUGGGGAGACUGUAACAGUCAAGGACGAAGAUUGCCAUCCUAUGAAUCCCCCAAAGUACGACAAGAUUGAGGACAUGGCCAUGAUGACCCACCUCAACGAGCCUUCUGUGCUGUUUAACCUCAAAGAUCGUUAUGCAGCGUGGAUGAUUUAUACCUACUCCGGGCUCUUCUGUGUCACCGUAAACCCUUACAAGUGGCUGCCGGUGUACGACAUGCAGGUGGUGGCGGCCUACAGAGGGAAGAAGCGCAUGGAGGCCCCGCCGCAUAUUUUCUCUGUCUCUGAUAAUGCAUAUCAAAAUAUGCUCACAGAUCGUGAGAACCAAUCUGUCCUGAUUACUGGAGAAUCCGGUGCAGGGAAGACUGUCAACACCAAGCGUGUCAUCCAGUACUUUGCGACAAUCGCAGUGGCUGGUGGCGACAAAAAAGAUCACACACCUGGCAAAAUGCAGGGGACACUGGAAGAUCAAAUCAUUUCAGCGAACCCUUUGCUGGAGGCUUUCGGGAAUGCCAAGACUGUGAGGAAUGACAAUUCCUCACGAUUUGGUAAAUUCAUCAGAAUCCACUUUGGAACAUCAGGGAAAUUGGCUUCUGCUGAUAUUGAAACUUAUCUGCUGGAGAAGUCAAGAGUGACGUUCCAGUUAUCUGAAGAGAGGAGCUACCACAUCUUCUAUCAGAUCAUGACCGGCCACAAGCCAGAGCUUAUAGAAAUGCUGCUCAUAACAACAAACCCAUAUGACUUCCCCAUGGUGAGUCAGGGGCAGAUCACUGUGGCCAGCAUCGACGACAAAGAAGAGCUGGUGGCCACAGACACUGCCACUGAUGUCUUGGGCUUCACCAACGAAGAAAAGUUGUCCAUCUACAAGUUGACUGGUGCUGUGAUGCAUUAUGGGAACAUGAAAUUCAAGCAGAAGCAGCGGGAGGAGCAGGCAGAGCCUGACGGCACAGAGGUGGCAGACAAAGUCGCUUUCCUCAUGGCGCUGAACUCUGCGGACUUGUUGAAAGGCCUCUGCUACCCCAGAGUGAAAGUGGGGAACGAGUAUGUCACCAAGGGCCAGACGGUCCCACAGGUCGCCAAUGCAGUUAGCGCUCUGGCCAAGUCUGUUUAUGAGAAGAUGUUCUUAUGGAUGGUUAUACGAAUCAAUGAGAUGCUGGACACGAAGCAGCCCAGGCAGUUCUUCAUUGGAGUCUUGGACAUCGCUGGAUUUGAAAUAUUUGAUUUCAACAGCAUGGAGCAACUCUGCAUUAAUUUCACCAAUGAGAAGCUGCAACAGUUUUUUAACCACCACAUGUUUGUGCUGGAGCAAGAGGAGUACAAGAAAGAAGGGAUAGACUGGGAGUUCAUUGACUUUGGUAUGGACCUGGCAGCUUGCAUUGAGCUUAUUGAAAAGCCAAUGGGCAUCUUCUCCAUCCUUGAAGAGGAGUGUAUGUUCCCCAAGGCCUCAGACACCUCUUUUAAGAACAAACUCUACGACCAGCAUCUUGGAAAAACAAACGCUUUCCAAAAGCCCAAGGUUGUCAAAGGCAAGCCUGAGGCUCACUUCACCUUGGUGCACUAUGCCGGCACCGUGGACUACAACAUCACCGGCUGGCUGGAUAAGAAUAAAGACCCCCUGAAUGAGUCUGUGGUGCAGCUUUACCAGAAGUCAUCAAUGAAACUGCUGGCUUUCUUGUAUGCCUCAUUUUCUGGUGCUGAAGAAUCAGGUGGUGAUGCUGGCAAAGGAGGCAAGAAAGGGGGAAAGAAGAAGGGUGGCUCCUUUCAGACGGUGUCUGCAGUUUUCAGGGAAAAUCUUGGGAAACUAAUGACCAACUUGAGGAGCACACAUCCUCACUUUGUGCGUUGCCUGAUUCCAAAUGAGGUUAAAACACCAGGAAUCAUGGACAAUCACUUGGUCAUCCACCAGCUUCGCUGUAACGGUGUUCUGGAGGGAAUCAGGAUCUGCAGGAAGGGAUUCCCCAGCAGGAUUCUUUACGCUGACUUCAAGCAGAGAUACAAAAUCCUAAAUGCCAGUGCCAUCCCAGAGGGACAGUUCAUAGAUGGAAAGAAAGCCUCUGAGAAGCUUCUUGGUUCAAUUGACGUUGAUCACACACAGUACCGAUUUGGGUCUACAAAGGUCUUCUUCAAAGCUGGCUUACUGGGUACUCUGGAGGAGCUGCGAGACGAAAAACUAGUUUCUCUUGUGACGCAGACUCAAGCCCUGUGUCGUGGUUAUCUCAUGAGAAAAGAAUUCUCCAAUUUAAUUGCACAAAAAGAUUGUGUCUGGAUCCUGCAAUACAACUUGCGUUCAUUCAUGAAUGUCAAACACUGGCCAUGGAUGAAGCUCUUCUUCAAAAUCAAGCCACUCCUCAAGAGUGCAGAAACCGAAAAGGAGAUGGCAACCAUGAAAGAGGACUUUGUGAAAUGUAAGGAGGAUCUGGCAAAGUCAGAGAGCAAGAGAAAAGAGCUUGAGGAGAAAAUGGUUUCUCUGCUGCAGGAGAAAAAUAACCUCCUCCUGCAAGUACAGUCUGACUCAGAAAAUCUUUGCGAUGCAGAGGAAAGAUGUGAGGGCUUGAUCAAAAGCAAAAUCCAGCUUGAGGCCAAACUCAAAGAGGUGACCGAAAGGCUGGAAGACGAGGAGGAAAUGAACGCCGAGUUGACCGCCAAGAAGCGGAAGCUCGAAGACGAAUGCUCUGAGCUUAAGAAAGACAUAGAUGACCUGGAGAUUACCUUGGCUAAAGUUGAGAAGGAGAAACAUGCCACAGAAAAUAAGGUUAAAAAUCUUAUGGAGGAGCUGUCUGGUCAGGAUGAAAACAUUGCCAAACUGACCAAAGAGAAGAAAGCCCUUCAAGAGGCCCAUCAACAGACGCUGGAUGAUCUGCAAGUUGAGGAAGACAAAGUCAACUCUCUGACAAAAGCAAAAUCGAAGCUUGAACAGCAAGUGGAUGACCUCGAAGGUUCACUGGAGCAAGAAAAGAAGAUCCGCAUGGACCUUGAAAGAGCCAAAAGGAAGCUUGAAGGUGAUCUGAAACUUACGCAAGAAUCCCUAAUGGAUCUGGAAAAUGACAAACAACAAUCUGAGGAGAAAAUUAAGAAAAAAGAAUUUGAAAACAACCAGCUGCUCAGCAAAAUCUCAGAUGAGCAAUCAAUAAACAACCAGCUGCAAAAGAAGCUGAAAGAGCACAAUGCUCGCAUUGAAGAACUAGAAGAAGAAGUUGAGGCUGAACGAGCGGUCCGGGCAAAGAUAGAGAAGCAGAGGUCUGACCUCACCAGAGAGAUCGAGGAGAUCAGCGAGAGGCUGGAGGAGGCCGGAGGAGCCACCGCCGCUCAGAUCGAGAUGAACAAGAAGCGGGAGGCUGAGUUCCUCAAACUGCGACGCGACCUGGAGGAGUCCACCCUGCACCACGAGGCCACGACCGCCGCACUGCGCAAAAAGCAGGCGGACAGCAUGGCCGAGCUGGGAGAUCAGAUUGACAACCUCCAAAGAAUCAAGCAGAAACUUGAGAAGGAAAAGAACGAAUUGAAGAUGGAAAUUGAUGAUUUGGCCAGCAACAUGGAAACUGUUGCAAAAGCUAAGGUCAAUCUGGAGAAGACGUGUCGCUCACUUGAGGAUCAGCUUAUAGAGCUGAAGACCAAGAAUGAUGAAAACAUGCGACAUAUGGCAGAUCUCACCAAUCAGAGGGCCCGUUUUCAAACUGAGAAUGGCGAACUUUCUCGACAAAUGGAAGAGAGAGAGAGUCUCAUUUCCCAGCUGACCAGAGGAAAGCAGGGAUUCACGUCACAAGUUGAUGACCUGAAAAGACUGGUUGAGGAGGAAGCAAAGGCUAAGAACGCCCUGGCUCACAGUUUGCAGUCAGCUCGUCACGACUGCGAUCUCCUUCGUGAGCAGUACGAGGAGGAGCAGGAGGCCAAAGCUGAGCUGCAGCGCAAUUUGUCGAAAGCCAACACUGAGGUGGCUCUCUGGAGGAACAAAUAUGAGACCGAUGCCAUCCAGCGCACAGAGGAGCUUGAAGAAGCAAAGAAGAAGCUCGCCCAGCGUCUCCAAGAGGCCGAAGAACAAAUCGAAGCGGUGAAUUCAAAGUGUGCCUCACUGGAGAAAACUAAACAGCGACUUCAAAACGAGAUGGAGGAUCUCAUGGUUGACGUGGAGAGGUCCAACAGCUUAGCAGCUACGCUUGACAAGAAACAGAGAAACUUUGACAAGAUCCUAGCCGAGUGGAAGCAGAAGUAUGAGGAGACUCAGGCAGAGCUCGAAGGCGCUCAGAAAGAAUCUCGAUCUCUGAGCACUGAGCUUUUCAAACUGAAGAACUCCUAUGAGGAAGCCCUUGAACACCUGGAGACGAUGAAAAGGGAAAAUAAAAACCUGCAACAGGAGAUCGCUGACCUGACAGAACAGAUUGGGGAGGUUGGGAAGACGAUCCAUGAACUGGAGAAAUUCAAGAAGCAGGUGGAGACAGAGAAAUAUGACAUGCAAACUGCGCUGGAAGAAGCUGAGGCCUCCCUGGAACAUGAUGAGUCUAAGUUCCUGCAUGUGCAAAUGGAGCUGAACCAGGUGAAAGCCGAAGUGGACCGAAAGGUGGCGGAGAAAGACGAAGAGAUGGACCAGCUGAAGAGGAACAACCAGAGAGUGGUCGAGUCCAUGCAGGCCACUCUGGACGCCGAGGUCCGGAGCAGAAACGACGCCCUGAGAAUCAAGAAAAAAAUGGAGGGAGACCUCAACGAGAUGGAGAUUCAGCUGAGCCAUGCGAACAGGCAGGCGGCCGAGGCUCAGAAACAACUGAGGAAUGUUCAGGGGCAACUCAAGGAUGCCCAAAUCCACCUGGAUGACUCUGUCAGAGGGCAGGACGAUAUGAAGGAGCAGGUGACCAUGAUGGAGCGCAGAACCACCUUGAUGCAGGCUGAGAUCGAGGAGCUUCGAGCGGUUGUGGAGCAGACGGAGCGGAGCCGCAAAAUCGCUGAACAGGAAUUGAUUGAUACCAGUGAGCGUGCAGGACUUCUUCAUUCUCAGAACACCAGUCUUUUGAACACCAAGAAGAAGCUCGAUGCAGACGUAACUCAGCUUCACACUGAAAUAGAGGAAGCUGUUCAAGAGGCCAGGAACGCAGAGGAGAAAGCCAAGAAAGCCAUUACUGAUGCUGCCAUGAUGGCCGAAGAGCUGAGGAAGGAGCAGGACACCAGCGCUCACCUGGAGAGGAUGAGGAAGAACCUGGAGGUCACAGUGAAAGAUCUACAGCACCGCUUAGAUGAGGCUGAAAACUUGGCCAUGAAGGGCGGAAAAAAACAGCUUCAGAAACUGGAGGCCCGGGUCCGUGAGCUGGAAAAUGAACUAGAAGGUGAGCAAAAACGUUCUUCGGAGGCCAUCAAAGGAGUCCGUAAAUAUGAGAGAAAGGUCAAAGAGUUAACCUAUCAGUCUGAGGAAGAUAAGAAAAACAUAACUCGACUGCAGGAUUUGGUGGACAAGCUCCAGAUCAAAAUGAAGGCCUACAAACGGAACGCUGAGGAAGCUGAGGAGCAGUGUAACGUGCACAUGGCCAGAUUCAGAAAAGCUCAGCAUGAGCUGGAAGAGGCUGAAGAGAGAGCCGAUGUGGCCGAAUCGCUGGCCAACAAGAUGCGAGCCAAGAGCCGUGAAAUCGGCACAAAGGCACAGGAGGGACAAGGCGAGUAGCUGAACAAGACCCCGCCUGCUGUUUGAACACCAGCUGAUACAAAUGUGCAUGACAGACGAAUAAGAUAUACAGCAGUAGUUUAUAUUAAUAUUACAGCGUGUUAAAUAAGUAAGUCUGAUGGAUCUUUGACAUUAGCUACAACAUGAACAACAUCACAGCUGGUGUUUUGUAGCUACAACAUUAAAAGUCUCCAAAUAUUCAAAUGACAAUAAAUCUCCUUUAAGACAUGAGAUAAAUGGUAGAUUAUUCCUGAUCUUGAGGCUCCCAGUUUCAAAAUCUAGUUUUAAAAUCUACAUUAUUUAAACUUAGAGCUGCAAUGAUCACUCAAGUAAUUGAUCGUUCAACAGAAAAUCAAUCAUUAACUGAAUAUCUUUGGGUCAAAACAAGACAAUCAAGGACGUCGCCUUCAGCUUUAGAAAACAGUGACCAACAUGUUUUUAACCAUUUUCUGACAUUUUAUAGACCAAACAAUGAAUUGAUUAAUCAAGAACAUAAUCAUUAGUUGCAGCUCUAUUUAAAUUUAAUACUGUAUAUGUUACAUAUUCCUGAAUUUAUGUGAUGAAUCAAUUUAUCAAACAGCAAACCUGAUUAAUUGGUUAAUUGAUGUCCAACAGUCUCUUCUGUUCAAUAAUCAAUAAUCAAUCAAUAAUAGAUCAUUUGGUCAUUCUCGUCAAACUGCUUUUACAGUUUCUUCACAGAAAUUUAUUUCCCCAAUUCAAGUCAAAAUUGACACAUUUCUGUAGUUUCCUUCAUUGUCAUGGUUUAGUUUCCUGCAUAUUCUUGUUGUCUUUGUUUAUUACAACAGUAAUAAAUAUUUAAAGUUUAAAUAUUUGUUUUCUGUUUUCUUGCUCUUCUUUUGUAACGAUCUGUGCAUCCUGGAAGAGGAUCAAAACUUCCUGAGGCAAAUUUAUGAUAAAUAAAAAUUGACUUGACUUUUAUCUAUCAUAAUAUAUCAAUACUUGUACAACUAAUAUUGAACAUCAAUCAUAGAAAUAAAGGUGUCACUGAUAUAAUUCUCUAGUACGGAUGUGCAGAGG